GCAAAUAUUUCAUUUCAAUUUUAUAAAAUACCACAAGUAAUGGUUUUGUGGGUUUGGUUUUGGUUUGAUGGUAGGGAAAACAUACCGGCUAAGGAUAUCCAACGUGGGGCUACAAAACACAGUGAAUUUCGGAGUCCAAGACCACGUGAUGAGACUGGUGGAAGUGGAGGGGACCCACACCCAACACGUGGACCUCCAGUCAAUCGAUGUCCACGUCGGCCAAUCUUACUCCGUCCUCCUCACCGCCGAUCAGGCGGCGACGGACUACUAUUUCGUCGUCUACACCCCGUUCACCCCCGAGAAAGUGCUCCUCACCACCGCAGUCCUCCACUACGCCAACCAAUCCGCCCGCCGCCCCGUCUUCCGUGACUUCCGCCCCCCCGACCACCUCAACUGGUCAAUACACCAAGCCAGAUCCAUCAAGACCAAUCUAACCGCUUACGGAGCGAGGCUCUCCGAGCAAGGUUCCUACAAUUACGGCAAGAAAAACAUCAGCCGGACGAUUACCCUCGCCAACUCUGUGGUCCCCGUCGCCGGCAAACUAAUGUUCGCCGUGAACGGCGUCAGCUUCGUUGACCCGGAGACUCCGCUCCUCCUCGCCGACCACUUCAACAUCUCCGGCGUCUACGCGCCGGGAAGCAUGCCGGCCGCACCUCCCCCGACCGCCGCCGGAGCUGGGGAAUUCCGGCCAGAAACCGCCGUCAUGGGGGCGAGUUUCAGGGAAUUCGUCGAGAUUGUGCUUCAGAACAACGAGAAAACUCUUCAGACAUUUCACAUUAAUGGACACAAUUUCUUUGUUGUCGGGAUGGGUUGGGGUGGAUGGAAUCGUGCCAAUAGGACGGCUUAUAAUCUUAAAGAUGCCGUUGCACGUGUCACCACUCAGGUAUAUCCGGAGUCAUGGACAGCCAUUUAUGUGGCUCUUGACAGCGUGGGGAUAUGGAAUGUGAGAUCUGAGCAUUGGGAAAGAAAGUACUUGGGACAACAGUUUUAUUUGAAGGUUGCUUCAAAUUCCUCCGAGAUAAAUGAUAAAAUCCCAAAGAAUACCCUCCUCUGCGGCAAGGCCGCCGCCGCCGGUGGCUCAACACCGCCGCCAUCCGCCUGAGCAUGCAUGCAUGCAUGGCGUUUACGUCUCUCACUCUCACCUGCACACAGUAUGUACUGUCAACGUUUAUGUUUCUAUAUAUAUAUUACAAUUAAAAAAACAAAAUCUUUUCUUGAAGUUUUUAUUAUAUAUACUCCGUAUAUGUAUGUACAAUACAAUCAUAAUCAUAUUUGUUUGAGUUAUUGGUGGAGUUAAUAUACGGAGUAUUAUGGAGUAUUUGAUUAAUUAUAAUUAAAUUUGUUUGAGCCAAUAAUAAAUGGACUACAAU